UUCUCAGUUCCGCCAACGAACACUGUUUUUUUCACUCCAGAGAAUCCCCAUCUAAAACCCUCACUCUCCCUCUCUCCCUCUCUCCCUCUCUCCGAUCUCUCUCUCUCCUCUUCUCUCUCUCUUUCUCUGUGAUAAGCAAUCAUCUCAGCUGACAACCCACUCCAAGGCAAGGAGUAAGAAGGAAGAACCCAUCAGAGCCUCUCUCUCUGUUUCUGUGUGUGUGUUUGUGUGUGUGAUGAGCACUCAUCUCAGCUUGACUACUCACUCCAAGGUAAGGAGUAAGAACGAAUAACCCAUCAAAGCCUUUGCCUCUCUUUUCUCUCUCUCUCUCUCACUCAAAGUACGACAUCAGGGAUACAGAACCCUCUUUCUCUUCAAUUGUAUCUGAGUAAUGGAACACAAACCCUCAACCUUUCUUAUCAUACUCUUACUCCUAUCCUACAACCUGAACAUCUACUGUGCUUCCCCACAUUCACCAAAAUCAUCGCCGCCACCAGACAUCUCUCCAAUAAAAUCUCCUUCUUCACCUUCAAAACCCACUACAAGACCUUCACCAUCCCCAUCUCUUCCUUCACCUCCAAAAUCUUCACCGUCUCCAUCUGUUCGUUCGGAGCUUGACCCUAAACAGUUGCAGGCUCUCCGUUCCCUCAACAUCCCAACGGCCAAAGAUCCAUGCUUUCAACCUUCCCUCCACAAUGCCACUCUCUGCGACUCCGGAAAACCCUUCAGGCAUCUCGUCUCGCUUCGACUCAUCAACUGCUCCGACGACGUUCAAAUGUCCAUCACCGCCUUGAAAUCCCUACGCACAUUACGAGAUCUCGAGUUUCUCAACUGCCCAAUCCCACCUGUUCAUUUACCAGAUGAGUUCAUCGCCAAUCUCCGCUCCUUCACCUGCGUCAACAGUCUCCAUAAGCUAACUGGAAUUUGGCUCGGCCGUCUUAAGAAUCUCACAGAUCUAACUGUCUCCCAAGUGAUUGUUAACACCCGUGGACCAUCGAUCAUUUUGGGGAACUUGAACAAGCUCAGAUCCGUAACCAUCUCCAACACCAAUCUCACUGGGUUUCUCCCCAAAAAAUGGCAUUUGAACCUUACCCAUAUCGAUUUAUCCGGAAAUCGACUUAGAGGAAAGGUUCCCACUUCGAUAACUCUUCUCUCGGAUCUUGAAUUCCUGAAUUUUUCUUCGAAUGCUCUUACUGGUGUUCUACCCUCUUCGAUGGGUGACCUGUUGUCGCUCAAAAAUAUCUCUUUUGCAUCAAAUUCAUUGUCCGGCCCCAUACCUGAUUCGAUGUCGGAGAUACCAGGUCUACUUCAUCUUGAUCUGAGCUCAAAUCAAUUCAAUGGAACAAUACCCAAGUUCCUUACUAAAAUGAAAGAGUUGAAGUAUCUCAAUCUUGAGAACAAUAACUUCAAUGGUGUGAUUCCCUUCAAUGGGUCUUUCAUAAAGAGAUUGGCCGUAUUCAAGGUAGGCGGUAACAGCAAUCUCUGCUACAACCACUCCAGUCUAUCUUCGAAGCUGAAGCUCGGGAUUGCUCCCUGUGAUAAAGAUGGGUUACCAGUGUUACCCCCACCGGACAGUUCAUACGAUUCAUCUGGGUCUUCUGAUGGUAGCAGCAGUGACGAUGGUUCAGAUAAUGAGUCAAGUCCACCACAGAGUGAUCAUAGGCACGGGCCAAGUAAGAUUGUUCUUGGAGUUGCAAUUGGGCUUUCGUCUAUUGUGUUUUUAAUCGUGUUCCUGGUUCUUCUCUCCAAGCGGUGCGCAUGAAAACUAGCAAUUAGAGGUGGGUUUUGUUCAAAUUACCAUAUAAUUUGAGAAGAAAUAGGAGCCUAUUCUUUAUUUUUCUUUGAAUACAAUGUCUCAAUCUACAGAUGGAGAAGAGAGCUCCGAUUUUCAUUUUUUUUUUUUUUUUUUGAUAAAAAUUAAGGAUUGUUGAGUGUAUGAUAGUUGUCACUUAUCAGUUAUUACAGAAGGGGGAAAGAGUGGUGGUUGUUAUAUUAAAGGUUUAUCACCGUAUUGUGUCA